CGAGCAAAGCCCUCAUAUACGCAUGCGUUCCAUACUCAAUAUAACACGUGUUGUUUGUUACCACUGAGCUAUAAUUGUUACAAAGUAGUGGCAUGUAGAAGUUCCUCGAGCUUUUGAGAACACAAACUGUUGUAGCUACAGAAAUAUUUAUUUUUUGAAUUUCCCAAAACCUCAAUCGCAGGCGGCGUAGUCCUCCGUGAAGCAUUCGCCGAGAGGAGAAAUAUCAGAAAUACACGGAAGUAAUCAUGACUGAAGCCGAAGUGAAUCCGAAGGCCUACCCCCUGGCCGACGCCACACUGUCCAAAACCAUCCUGGACCUCGUGCAGCAAGCCUCAAACUACAAACAGUUGAGGAAAGGGGCCAAUGAGGCCACCAAGACAUUGAACCGUGGUAUCUCCGAGUUCAUUGUGAUGGCUGCUGAUGCUGAGCCACUGGAGAUCAUCCUCCACCUGCCGCUGCUCUGCGAGGACAAGAACGUCCCCUACGUGUUUGUGCGCUCCAAGCAGGCCCUGGGGCGUGCCUGUGGGGUCUCCCGCCCGGUCAUCGCCACCUCCGUCACCAUCAAGGAGGGUUCUCAGCUGAAGCCCCAGAUCCAGUCUACCCAGAUGGCCAUUGAGAGACUGCUGGUCUGAUCUGGUUACUUCUCUGCUCUCUGUUUGUAUUGGAUAGUCUGAGAGACUAUCAGGGAGUUGAAUGAUGUCUAUUUGAUAGUCAAAUUGUUUUUGGGAGAGACAUGUUGUGUACAUGUAUCUAUUUUACUUUCGUCAGGGACAUACAAAGAAUGUAUAAAUGUCCAUGUGUUAUGUCAUUCACUCUUGUGUUUUGUGAUAAAACAUGAGUUUAUUUUUG